UCGCGGCCAGCUCUCAGAGAGCCAUUUGGGAUUCCAGAUCGGAGGAUCCGGGUUGUUGGAGAACAUCAUACAGCGAGCGGCUAACAAGAUAUUUCCCAGAGAGAGCUAAUCCAGUGCUGGGCGCCUGUGAGUCCUCGGAGCAUGCAAGACGGAUGCAGACAUCAGAGCGUGAGGGGAGUGCACCAGAGGUGAACCCCAGUGUGGUGCCUGAGGCUCCGCCAGACUCUCUGCCUGUCCCCACCAAGUCUCCAGCGGCAUUUGAUCUUUUCAACUUGGUUCUGUCCUACAAGAGGCUGGAGAUCUACUUGGAACCCCUGAAGGACGCAGGUGAUGGUGUCCGGUACUUGCUCAGGUGGCAGAUGCCUUUGUGUUCCCUGCUGACCUGCCUGGGCCUCAACAUCUUGUUCCUCACUUUGAAUGAGGGGGCAUGGUACUCACUGGGUGCCCUAGUGAUCUCAGUGCCCGCGCUGCUGGGCUAUCUUCAAGAGGUUUGUCGGGCCCGGUUGCCCGAAGCUGAGCUGAUGCGGAGGAAGUAUCACAGCGUGAGGCAGGAGGAUUUACAGAGAGUUCGCCUGUCCCGUCCGGAAGCUGUGGCUGAAGUGAAGAGCUUCCUGAUCCAGCUAGAGGCCUUCCUGAGCCGCCUCUGUGGCACCUGCGAAGCUGCCUACCGUGUGCUGCACUGGGAGAACCCCGUUGUGUCCUCACAGUUCUAUGGGGCUCUUCUGGGCACGGUUUGCAUGCUGUAUCUGCUGCCGCUGUGCUGGGUCCUUGCCCUUUUAAACAGCACACUUUUUCUGGGGAACGUGGAGUUCUUCAGAGUGGUGUCUGAGUACAGGGCUUCUCUGCAGCGACGGAUGAACCCCAAGCAGGAACAGAGUGCCUUUGAGAGCCCACCCCUGCUGGAAGCGGGGGGGAAGGGCAAUCUGUUCGAGUGCACGCCUGUGUCCACACCCACAGAGAGUCUCCCUUCCCAGGACCUCACGCCGGGUAGCGUGGAGGAGGCGGAGGAGGCUGAGCCUGAUGAGGAGUUUAAAGAUGCGAUUGAGGAUGACGACGAGUGUGCUCCGUGCCCAGCAGAGGAUGAGCUGGCCCUGCAGGACAACGGCAUCCUGAGCAAGAAUGAGGUGCUGCGCAGCAAGGUGUCGCGGCUCACGGAGCGACUCCGCAAGCGCUACCCCACCAACAACUUCGGGAGCUGUACGGGCUGCUCGGCCACCUUCUCAGUGCUGAAGAAGAGGCGGAGCUGCAGUAACUGUGGAAACAGCUUCUGCUCUCGGUGCUGCUCCUUCAAGGUGCCCAAGUCCUUCAUGGGGGCCACAGCCCCGGAAGCCCAGAGGGAGACUGUGUUUGUGUGUGCCUCGUGUAACCAGACCUUGAGCAAAUGAGAAGAAGGGCAAGGGUCCAAGCGGGCAUCAUCCCUGGGGCCAGCCUUGACCCCACUCUCCCCAUCCCUAGCCCUGUGUGGCGUGUGCUGGGCGAGUGUGGCCCAAAGCUAGGUAGGCUUUCCCUUUCUGUCCUUGCUGUCUCCACCAGGUUCUGGAGCUGUGCUCCAUUUCUGGGGAGGGCUGGUGAUGGCUGCUGUUAAGCCCCAGAGGGGAGGGGAGCCCUGCAGGGCCUAGCAUGGUUGCCUGCUCUGUCCUGAGCUGUUAAUGAACCCAGGAAUGUAAGCUAGAGGGCAGCAGUGAGCGAGGCUUGGUUGCCCCUGGGGCUUUUUGAGGAUCAGGGCUUCUCUCCAGGCCUGGGAAUUCUAGGAGACCAGAGUUUGGACACUGGGAAAAGAAAUUCUUCCCCUGUUGGAUAAUGGAUGGAGCACUUGCCCUCAGGAGAACCUGAAGAAGGGCUUAGGAGUGCCUCACCCCAACUCUGCUGUUGGAAUGUCCCUCCAGGCAUGAGGAUCUCAUUUCCCCACUAGAGGGUGUUGUCGGGGCCAAUAAGACCAGGAGUGCUUCUAGAAACAGUUCUUUCCCAAGUUCCCCCAGAAGAGAGUAUGUAGGGGAGGGCCUGGCAGAAUCCCUCAGUGUUAAGCUCAGCAGAGCCUGGGGCUCCAGGGACUCCAGCAGCUUCAGUGACCUCGGCCACUCUGCCAGGAACUUGACUUGCUGCAUCUCAGCCAUGUACUGCCCGCUGUCCUCAGCUCCGCAGUAGAGGCCUCACACUUGGGUCUUCCUGUGCCCCCCAUUCAGCCUCAGGCACCCCCUCCUCUGGCCCAGAGCUACAUGUUUCCCCCUGCCCCUUCGCCCAUGGAGACAGACCCGGUGAGCAGAGCAGCAUUCCUGAAGCCCUGGACCCUUGGGCGCCUGGGAAAUGUGGACUCUUGCGGGGCUGGGUUCUAGAUUCCAGGGUUGCUCCCCAACAGCACAGUCUCAGUGUGGGUUAUGGCCACUUGGGUUCCCCAUCCUCUGUCCAGCAAUUUCACAUUCACUGUGGACAAUUAGGGACUCAGGUCCCUCCCUAAGCCAUGAGCAGGCUCAGGCACCUUUCCUGCCCUGGAGCUUCCCUGCCUUUUUGAUGUAUUUAUUUAUUUAUUGCAUGGUUCCUUGGAAAAUGUGGCAUAAGGAAUGGGAGGAGGAUGGAAGGCUUCUCCUACCCUAGGGUUCUUCCCUGGAGUCAUGGCUGCCUGGGACCAGAACCCAUAAGAGGAAGAGGUAUUUCUGUAUCCUGAGCGGGGGCCAGGAGGGGUGGGGACUCACCCUGGGCCAGCUUUCUUGCCAGGCCAACCAGUCUCGCUGGGGUGGGCAGCCAGGGGCUUGCCCCAAGCCAAUGAGGUACAUGUCCCAGGAGAACCAAGCAGGCCUUGGUGUUCCCCCUUCCUUAGGUCCCUUUGUCCUGUGAAGAGACGAGAGUUAAGUGUCUGUAGUUUACUUACACUGGAGAGGAGUGCAAAGGAUUUCUGUGUGUUUGGAGAAUUGUCAAUAAAAAGGCCUCAAGCUGCUGUUUCUGUCCUGGUCCUUGCGUCCACCUGUUCCCAAGGCUGUGACAUGGGAAGUAGAAGCAUGAAAGGCUGGGGUGCAGGAUGUUUCCUGGGGGCCAGCACAGAGGUAGUAAGUGUUCUACACACACAUCUCGUAUACUCCUCACAAUGGCCCUAGGAGGCCAGCCCUGUUUUCCCCAUUUUACAGGUCAGGAGACUGAAGCUCAGGGAAUUUGUGCUGAAAGCUUUGGCCUGGCACUUUGCAGACCAGGGAUGGAGGUGAACUGUGUCUCUCAGACUGUAGGCUUAGGGCCAUAGAGGGAUGGAGAGGCCUGUUCCAUCAUGCAUGUACCACUCAACUACUGGGUGCCUGGUGGUGGAGAGGAACAGUAAGGUGCUGAGAGGAAUGGAAAAUAGGGCUUUGGAGCCAAAGGGGACAGCAGAGUUAGCGCCUGGUCCUGGGAAGAGGAUGCUACCCCAGGCAGGUCUCAGGAAGGGGGGGCGAGUGUCACGGUGAGGUCAGUUGGAACAUGCUCAAAGGUCAUCCAGGCCAGCGCCUCACUGCAGAAGCCACACGAUGGUCUCUUGAGGGUGCACUCUCCCCACAGCGUUAAGAGGGUGGAAGAAGGGACUCUCCUCACAGCAGGAGCAGCCAGCAUUAGCCCAGGAGAGCCCUGGGGCAGUCAUGGCAGGCACCUGCUGUGCCCACCCCACACUUGGCUCCAUGAGCCAUUAUUGGCGCAGCCAUACUGUAGUGAGUUGUGACAGUGGCGUCGCCCCCAAGCCUUUCUGAGCUGCUUUUCUCACCUGUAAAAUGGGUGUGACAGGAACAGCUGCUUCACAGGGAUGCUGAGAGGACUAAAUGAGACGGUCCACAUGAGGCACGGCACGCAGGAAAUGCUAACUUGUGACUCUUAUCCUCUCAAUCUUCUGGAAAAGAACAAACAACUCUGCCCUGGAUGCCUUAGAAUGGUGACUUUUUUUUUU